ACAAACAGCUGAUUCAAACAGCCUGGAUUGAGAAAAUCAGUUAAAUAGGCAUGGUUUUAAAAAUAUAUAAUGAGCUGUUCCUAAAAUCAUACUAUUUAACACAAAACGCCACUUGACUGAGAGCCUGUGGAUCUGUGUACUACCACACCGCCCAAACCUUUAUCAUUUUUCCUGUGCGUCAAUGUGCGCGUCCACCAACCGAAUUUCGCGUUCCCGUGCAUGCGCACUAACAAAUCCCAUGGAUCUGCUUUAAAUCACUCAGAAGACAACGCAGGCUGAACACGGCGCUGCACAUCUACGCAUCCUUCAAUUUCUUAAAUUAGCCACCUUAAGCUUCGAGAUACCGCCCCCAAUUUCAGUGUCGGUACGGAGCCGCCAGGCCGGGACAGAGACGGAGAGAGAGCCCUCGGCCAUGGAAGCGCUCGGACCCGGCCCGCCUGCCCCUACCUCCCUCUUCCAGCCACCACGCCGACCCGGCUUGGGUACGGUGGGGAAGCCGAUUCGCCUGCUGGCCAAUCACUUCCAGGUGCAGAUCCCCAAGAUCGACGUCUACCAUUAUGACAUCGACAUCAAGCCUGAAAAGCGACCUCGCAGAGUUAACAGAGAGGUGGUGGACACAAUGGUGAGACAUUUUAAGAUGCAGAUCUUUGGGGACAGGCAACCUGGUUAUGAUGGCAAGAGGAACAUGUACACGGCUCACCCGCUGCCCAUCGGCAGAGACCGGGUGGAUCUGGAGGUGACGUUGCCUGGUGAGGGGAAGGAUCAGACCUUUAAGGUGUCUCUGCAGUGGGUAUCAGUAGUGAGUCUGCAGAUGCUACUGGAAGCUCUGUCUGGUCACCUAAAUGAGGUUCCUGAGGAUUCUGUACAGGCUCUGGAUGUCAUCACUCGCCACCUGCCCUCCAUGCGGUAUACUCCAGUAGGUCGUUCCUUUUUCUCUCCACCAGAGGGUUACUAUCACCCGCUUGGAGGUGGGCGGGAGGUCUGGUUUGGGUUCCAUCAGUCUGUCCGUCCAGCUAUGUGGAACAUGAUGCUCAACAUAGAUGUGUCAGCCACAGCCUUCUACCGAGCCCAGCCCGUCAUUGAGUUCAUGUGUGAGGUUUUGGACAUCCAGAACAUCAACGAGCAGACCAAGCCCCUCACAGAUUCACAACGCGUCAAGUUCACCAAGGAGAUCAGAGGUGCGGGGUGGGGACUGAAAGUUGAGGUCACACAUUGUGGUCAGAUGAAGAGGAAAUACCGUGUGUGCAAUGUCACACGCCGCCCAGCCAGCCAUCAGACAUUUCCUUUGCAGCUAGAGAACGGACAAGCAAUGGAGUGCACGGUUGCCCAGUAUUUCAAGCAAAAGUACAGCCUGCAGCUCAAAUACCCCCAUCUGCCCUGCCUUCAGGUGGGGCAGGAACAGAAGCACACCUACUUACCCCUUGAGGUUUGUAAUAUAGUGGCAGGACAGCGCUGUAUAAAGAAACUAACAGAUAAUCAGACCUCCACCAUGAUCAAAGCUACAGCCCGCUCUGCCCCAGACCGACAGGAAGAGAUCAGCAGACUGGUCAAAAGCAACAGCAUGGUGGGCGGGCCCGACCCUUACCUGAAAGAGUUCGGCAUCGUGGUGCACAAUGACAUGACAGAGGUGACUGGGCGGGUCCUCCCAGCGCCCAUGCUUCAGUAUGGGGGCCGAAUGAGUACAGACACUGGGAGGGACUGUAGCAGGGAACUCUCUCCCCAGAACAAGACGGUGGCCACGCCCAACCAGGGUGUGUGGGACAUGAGGGGAAAGCAGUUUUAUGCGGGUAUAGAGAUCAAGGUGUGGGCCGUGGCCUGCUUCGCCCCUCAGAAACAAUGCCGGGAGGAUCUGCUCAAGAGUUUCACAGACCAGCUGCGCAAGAUCUCCAAAGAUGCAGGGAUGCCCAUCCAAGGCCAACCCUGUUUCUGCAAGUAUGCCCAGGGAGCAGACAGCGUUGAGCCGAUGUUUAAGCACCUCAAGAUGUCUUACGUGGGACUACAGCUCAUUGUGGUCAUUCUCCCUGGAAAAACACCUGUCUAUGCGGAGGUGAAGCGUGUGGGAGAUACUCUGCUGGGAAUGGCCACUCAGUGCGUGCAGGUGAAGAACGUGGUGAAGACGUCCCCUCAGACACUGUCUAAUCUCUGCCUCAAGAUCAACGCCAAACUUGGAGGCAUCAACAACGUGCUGGUGCCACAUCAGAGGCCCUCUGUGUUCCAGCAGCCAGUCAUCUUCUUGGGGGCGGAUGUCACUCACCCUCCUGCGGGCGAUGGGAAGAAACCGUCCAUUGCUGCUGUGGUGGGAAGCAUGGAUGGGCACCCCAGCCGCUACUGUGCCACUGUUCGGGUGCAGACCUCACGCCAGGAUCUGUCCCAGGAACAGCUCUUCAGCCAGGAGGUCAUCCAGGACCUCACCAACAUGGUGCGAGAGCUGCUCAUUCAGUUCUACAAGUCGACACGCUUCAAACCCACACGCAUCAUCUACUACCGUGGAGGAGUGUCUGAAGGACAGAUGAAGCAGGUUGCAUGGCCAGAGCUGAUUGCCAUUAGGAAAGCAUGCAUCAGUCUAGAGGAGGACUACAGACCGGGAAUCACCUACAUCGUAGUGCAGAAACGUCACCACACCCGACUCUUUUGCUCUGACAAAGCCGAGAGGGUCGGUAAGAGUGGCAAUGUCCCAGCUGGCACUACGGUGGACAGCACGAUCACACACCCAUCAGAGUUUGACUUCUACCUGUGCAGCCACGCUGGGAUCCAGGGCACUAGUCGUCCCUCGCACUAUCACGUCUUGUGGGAUGACAACUGUUUCACUGCGGAUGAACUGCAGCUGUUGACCUACCAGCUGUGCCAUACCUAUGUGCGCUGCACCCGCUCUGUCUCCAUCCCUGCGCCAGCCUACUAUGCCCGGCUCGUGGCAUUCCGUGCCCGCUACCACUUAGUGGACAAAGACCAUGACAGUGCUGAGGGCAGUCACGUAUCAGGACAGAGUAACGGUCGGGACCCUCAGGCUCUGGCUAAGGCGGUCCAGAUUCACUAUGACACCCAGCACACCAUGUACUUUGCCUGAUGUCCACCAGCAGGAGACGCAAUUCUACACUCCCUUUUCAAUCUGUCUCUCGCUCUUUCUCUUCCUUUAUAUCUCUCUCGCGUCUUCAUCUGCAGCAAAGCAGUUCUAAAGCCAGGGGCCCAUCUGUCAGUCCAGCUGAAAUUGUGGUUGGCCCCGAAGAACCAACUUCUACCAGCAGUCCUGCACUGAGAGGCCUCCGACCUCCAAUGCACAGAAAAAAUAUCCAAUUGAGCCAUUUUUAACUUUUUAUUUGUUUGAUUUUGAAUGUCUUUUUAAUUUGUAAUAUACACUGAGUGUGAGCAAACCUGCGCCAUUGGUCAGGGCAGCUCUGGCUCUCUCAGCUAAGCUGGACUCUGUCUACUUUUACCUCAAGCCGCCAUUGGCUCAAUCUUGUCAUGUCUUUUAAGGGAGGGGUGGGUCUUGCAUGUAAAGGGGUGGGGGGGUGUUGGAUGGAUUGACUUUCAUGGAUUCGUUUUUUCUCCUUUUUAUGAACGUAUUAGGACUCUCUCCUCUCAGUCUUUUACAAACGAGGUGACUUGGGCAUACAUGCCUAUUACCUGCUCCCAUUUUGUGUGUGUGUGUGUAGUGCUUGUUGGGUGAAUGGAGGAUUGUAUGUGUAUGCAUGUCAUGUCUCAUGGCAGGCCACUGAAUUGCGAAGGGAAAUCUAGGAGCAAACUGCUGUAAAUGCCUUUUUUUUUUUUUUUUUUUUUUUUUUUUUUUAUAUAUAUAUAUAUUAACAUACAUAGAUCUAUAAAAAGUAUAUAAAUAUAUACAACUUUUUAAGCAUAUUCCAUUUGACAGUUUUACAGGCUUUCAUAAGCUGGUGGUUUUGUGUAGCAGUAGCAUUUCCCAUAGUCUCCUCUGCGUGACUGUUGGGAGUGUUGGACCUUGGUUAACAAGGCUUGGUACAGGUGCCAUUCUGCCUGUGGCUUUCCUUGAAACACGUACAGCUUGUUUGGAUGGUUAUUUUACAGGGUUGAAAGGUAUGGCCAUUGCACAGUUAUGGGCGUAGCGCUAGCGUUGUUCUGGCGGCACUGUCUGAAAGGCUAGGCUUGCAACAUACAGCACUCUCCCUUUUAUGCAUUUAUACAUAAGAUUCAAAUCAGAUUUGUAAGAGUUUAAUAUAAAGUUUUUUUGUUUGUUUUUUGUGGUAAACUUAAACAGUUUUUUAGAGUAGAUAAUCGUCGUUCUUGUCGUUAAUAUUGAUAUCGAUCAGUUGUCUGCAAAUCGGUUGCGUAACUAAUUGAACCAGGAGUCAGUGGUUGUAAACUGAGAAUCUGUUUUUUUUUGUGUGUGUGUUUUUUUUUUUUUGAAUACAGCUUAAUUUCUUGUAGCGCUGUGGAAAUGAGGACCUAAAUGCUUUGGUUUGUCCUCGUACAAGUUAGAAUUUAUCAAAGUUUGAGUUUUAGCUUAUUUCUAUACCAAGUUAAAUGCGCAUCGGCUGGCAGCAAAAGUAAAAGUGACAAAUCAGAAUUUUUGGGUGGGAAUACUAGCAAUGUUUUUACACUUAAAAGUGUUUAUUACUUCUGCGUGUAUAUGAACUUGAAUCUUUAAUAUAAAUCUGAAUUAUCUUUUUUUCUCUUAACAUAUACAAAAUAGGACAACAUACAUUUAAGACACAAGCAUAAGCACUGCCUUUGGACUGAACAGCACCUUGCUAAGCAUGGUCAGAUGAUACUAGGUCUCGCUCCAAGAUGGUGUGGUUCGAAGGGUCUCCAGCAUGCACGCCUCGUCAGGGGGACCGCUCUGCAAAAACCAUUUUGUAUUAAACCAUCCGUUAAGCAGCAGGUUUGCUAUGAAUGAGUUUGAGCACCAGCCUGUCGGUGGCGUGGACGCUGGGCCAAUGAAAGAAAUGGGCAAGGGCAUCACAUGCAAUAAGCUGACUUUUAGCAUUGGAUGUGUCGAAUGCUGAAUAGGUUACUUUGAUAUCAUGGCUUCCAGAUAAUACAGCGUUUGACUGUAGUAUGUGUCCUUUUUAGGCAAUUCACUAAAUUGUUACAUGGCAUUAAUUCCAUGAUAUCAUUGCAAAGCAAUAUAACCCGAAAUUUAGAACAAUUUUAAAGCUGUAAUAUUUUUGUCAGUGUGGCUGUUGGUUGGAUUCCUAUUGCCGUUUGUGUUUAUGUAAUUAUUUUGCUUGUAUCAAUCAGUGGGAAUGUGCAUAUGGUGGACUAGCUCUUUAGACUCUGUGGACAAUUUCAAAUUUAGACUGCUCGCCUGCAUGCUAGAGUAUUGCUCUAAUCUCUUAUAAAAUAUUUAUUAUGACACAGAGAACUUUUUUUGUUUUCUAUUCGUACUUCAGUACAGUGAGACUGUUUUGAGUAGCGAUGUUGUCCAGUCUCUUUUACAAGAUUUUAAAAUUCCUCCACAAAUGUCAGUAACUCAUUGAGGGCCAGAUGUGGGUGUCGAAGGGAUGAGGGGCACCGGUCUUUAGGAGCUCCACCCCAAACGAGGUACUUUCUUCAAUCACAGGGCUGCUAAGACUGUCCUCCUCACCCCUUCCUUUCUUCACCCUCUGUCAUGUUCCCUCUCUGCUCUCGGGCUCUCAAUUGCUGUGGUGCCGCCCUGGUGGCACCUCCACACGUGCACUUCCUCUGCAUGUGGUGGGCCCUGAGGGUUCACUGCACAAGGAUUACCUCUUUAACUUUUUUUUUUUUUUUUUUUUUUUUUAAACCCAUUCUCUCUACCCCAAUUAAAAGAGAGCAUGAGUUGUUGUUGUUGUUUUUUAUUCCUAUUUGAUAAAUAUGGCUUUGUUAUUUGAAAAAUGUGUAUUGUCAUUUCAUUUUUUGUUUCUCUUACUGGUGUGUAGCUUUUUUUUUUUUGUGCUGUUCUAUUCUCGUGUUCUGAGCUGUGUGAUUUGUCCAAUAGCAAUAGUGGGCACUCUCUCUUUGACCUGCUGGGGAAUUGCUCAGGACUCCUGUAGCCUCUCCUAUUUGAGUGUCCCGUCAGUUGCUUUAUUGCUUAGUGACAUUUAAAAAAAAAUUUAAAUCUCCCCUUUUUUUAGCCUGCAGGGAAUAUUUGUGUUAUUGUGCAAAGUAAUAAAUUGGUAUUUUAUGCCCAUAACACACA